AUAAAGUAUAUUUUUAUCUUUAUGUAACUCAAGAUAAAUAUAUUGGUUUGAAACAGAUAAACUAUAGUCAGCUAUAGUUCAAUCGACGAUUUUAUCCUCAAAAGGAAGAAAAUAAUGAAAACAGAUUUAAAAUUGUAAUUCUCAAAAACUACAAAUAUGGUCAAAAGCCAACCACCUUUUAGACUACGGCAAAAUGCUUCUCAAAACCUUCAAAAGAAUCAUAAAAAGGACUUGGCUAAGAAAACAACUAAAAUUCAACCUGUAAAAACUGAAAAAAAAUCAACAGAAAACGUUAUAAAUAAUCUGAUGUUUCCUGGGGGAGAAACUGCUUUUAAAGCUCUAAUGUCAGCACGAUUUUGUGCAGCAAUUUGGUCACAUAUUACAGAUUGUGAUGAGACUUUUAACUAUUGGGAACCAACUCAUUAUCUUGUUUUUGGAAAAGGUUUACAGACAUGGGAAUAUAGUCCACAAUUUGCUUUAAGGUCAUAUUUUUAUUUAAUGAUUCACGCUACACCAAUUUGGAUAUACCAUAAAUUAUUACAGCCAAAUCCAUUACUCAUGUUUUAUUUUUCCAGAUGUAUUCUUGGCUUAUGUUUUGCUUUUGCAGAAGUAUAUUUUUACAAAUCUAUAUGUAAAGAAUUUGGUGUCCAUAUUGGGAGGAUAUGUUUAGCAUUCCAACUUUUUUCACCAGGAAUGUUUAUUUCUAGUACGGCCUUUUUACCUUCUAGUUUUGCAAUGUAUAAUUUCACUGCUGCUUGCGCCGCCUGGUGGCAACAAAGAUAUUCUCUAGCCAUACUUUUUACAGCUUUAGGUUCAUUAUUAGGUUGGCCAUUCGCUGCUCUCCUUGGUGUACCCAUAGUUUUUGAUAUGGUAAUUCGAAAGAAGUACUAUUUGGAUUUUGUCCAAUGGACAGUAUUAGCUGGAUUGGCGGUCAGCGUACCAAUGAUUUUAAUUGAUUCGUUACUUUAUGGCAGAUUGGUUAUUGCCCCUUUGAAUUUAAUAAAAUACAAUAUUUUAGGAGGGCUUGGUCCGGAAUUAUAUGGAACGGAGCCUUUUUCGUUUUAUGUUAUAAAUGGAUUUUUAAAUUUCAAUAUUGUUUGGGUAUUGGCUUUAUUCUGUCCUAUUAUUUUGCUUCUAAAUCAUUUGUUUGUGCCAUCCAAGAAUAAAAGUACUCUAAACCUACCCUACUGGUUAUCUUUAAGUCCUAUGUUCUUAUGGUUGGCAGUUUUUAUGUUCCAAAAGCACAAGGAAGAAAGGUUUCUGUUUCCAAUUUAUCCAAUGAUUUGCUUAGCUGGCGCAAUUUCACUGGAUAUUGUUCAAAAGUUGUUAUUUAGAUGUUGGAGCUUAUUUCACAAAUAUGCUAAUAAAAGUACGUCGUUGCGCAAUGUGCAUUAUUUGGAUAAAACGACCUUUGUAACCAUAAUAGCUGUUGGUCUGUCAUUUAUCUUAGGGAUUUCAAGGAUAAUAGCUCUGUAUAGAAAUUAUCACGCCCCGUUAGACCUGAUGAUGGAGUUAAAUCGUUAUCCCUCCGAAAUUAAAAUUUCAGAUCGCUCCCAAAUCCACGUUUGUUUCGGAAAAGAAUGGCACAGGUAUCCCAGUUCGUUUUUCCUUCCAAAUACAAACUGGAACGUUCACUUUAUCAAGUCCGAAUUUGACGGCAUGCUGCCAGCUCCAUAUGCAAGUCAACAUAACGCUACGCAAAUCGUGCACCCCCACUUUAACGACCAAAACAAGGAGGAGCCAAGUUUGUAUUACAACGUGAAUCAUUGUCAUUUCUUACUCGAUUUAGAUUUGAACAAAGAAACCGAGUUGGAACCCAUCUAUUCUAAGAGGACGGAUAGAUGGAAAGUAGUUACCAGUUACAGGUUUCUAAACGCCGAAAUGUCUAACCAAUUCGCCAGAGCGUUCUAUGUGCCAUUUUUAACUGAUAAGUAUGUGACGUUUGGUAACUUCUCGUUACUGCAGUCUACCAAAUUUAGAAUAAAGUAGUGAAUCUACUGUUAGCAUAAAUUGUGCCUAUUUUUACAAAACAGGAACAUGUUAAGGUGGGUUUUUGUGUGUACGAAUUUCGCAAAAUCUCCACGAACUUCGUUAGAAGUUUUAAGGGGUAUUCGAAUGUCGGACAAGAAUUUUUCUUUAUAUACGGAGCAAUCAACAAUGAUUGAACUAGUUGGCUAUUCUGAUUUUGUUCGUUUGAUUGGCAUUAAAAUUAAGAAAUUCGGAUAUUUAUCGACUGUUAUCACUAAGGUCAAAAGAAACCAAAAAUUAAGUUAUGUGAUUAUUUUUUAACGAUAUUUAAAAUCAUUGCCCAUAAUGUCAGACUAAUCAAAACGAAAUGAGAAUGAAAUUAUCAUACACUAUACACUAUGUCCUCGGAUUGUCUUUACAAGAGGAAAAACUUUUUUAUUAUUGACAUUUUGGGAAAAGUCCAUUCUUCAUAAAAAAAUUUGCUUGUUCUAAAAUGGUUAAUCCCGUUUAAGGAAUGCAAUCCCGCACCAAAAUCUCAAUCCCUCAAACUUGCGGGAUUAAAACAAUCAAUCCCGUGGAUCCGCAAAAUUGCGGGACUGUAAACAAUAAUCCCAAACUAAAUUUGAGCCUUUAUUCUCUUUGUAAACUACACUGGCACUCAUUUUAGUGAUUAACUGGUUUACAUUCCACGUAAUACUAUACGUAAUACGACGUAAUAAUAGUGUACAAAUUUGGUCAAGAAUCGUUUUUACCGAAAAUUAACAAUUUUUGAAAAAUCGAAAUUUUA